UUCAUUAUUUUGUUCCAGGAAUAACGACGAUACAAUUAUGAGGAAAGGCGGUGGCGGCGUGACCGUGGCGGUGCUGGCGACAUGAGCGCGGCCGCGAUCCGAGACGGCGCGGGCGACUCCACGCCCGGCUCGGACGUCGGUGAGCGGAUCACGCGGCUCUUCCCCAAGUGCCGCCCCAAAAACAUGCAGCACGCACACGACAGAUUGACCUCCGCCCUGGAGGGUCGGGACCGAGACACGAACAACGUGAACAACGCCUCGUCAGAUGAAGAACGAGGCACUGAAGGCCAGCUGGUUAUACUCAACUCCAAAGGAGGCACAUACAAACUUAGAGACUCAAGGAUCAUAGAAAUCGCGGGAGGUCGAGAGCUAUACUCGCAGAGCCGGACGAAGGCGGUGCGCAAGCUCCGACACAACAACACACACAAACACAACCUGAGGAACAAGGUGCGGUCCCUCACUAAGGACACAGUGGACUACGCAGCGGAUAACCUUAGCAAUGAGAUAUCCCUGCACCGAAUAAACAAUGAGCCUAAGAAAAUGAUAUCACGUCAUACGUCACCAACAUACACGAAUGGUGACCGUGACCCUAUUAUCGAGAGUGCUAUGGGUAUACCCAAGAACAGUUCCCCUAUCUUGGACCCCCACAAGACGAAUGACGUCAGCACUAAGAGUAGCCCGAUAGCGGUGGUGGCCGACGGCGAGGUCGUCGUCUUUGAUGACAAUGAUGACUGGAAAGUGAUAUUGAAUUCUGUGUCUCUAGGUUUGAGGACGGAACCAGAAGCUAGUGACGAUGAGAUCGAUAUGAGUGUUAAAAGAACUUUAGACAAUAUUAAAAACGGUGAUAGUGAUGUGUUGAACAAUAAAAGUGAACUGAGUGAUGGGAGUGACUCGUCCCCAUCGAGGGAUGAUGUGAGGUUGAGUGACGCGAGCCCCUCAGGGGUUUGGUUGUCGGGGGAUGAGGAUAAGAACAGGCUGACCAGGGUGAUUGGCGAGCUGCCUAUCGCCGAGUAUGAGGGCUCGCCGAGAAGGUACGGCGUCGGGACACAAAAGCCGAACCGGUCACCAAGACCAGGGUUUCCUCAGAGGGUAGUGACAGAGAGCAGGGAUGUGACGCCGCCGUCUAGUUCGGCCGCGUUCGACUACCUUUACGAGUUCUCCGAGACCAGGAAGGUGCUGGAGGAGUUCUUCCGGUGUCCCACGAACGCGGGCCAGCCGCAGAUCAUCGCUAACGAUGAGGUCGUUAACUUCCAGGAACUAGACUAUGAGCUCCGGCGUCAGACGCAGGAGUGUCCGUCGGAGAACGGUCUGGAGGGCGGCAGCGAGUCGGACUGGCCGCAUGUACCCGACACGCUGGACUCGCCGCACACCGCGCACAACCACACCAACUUCUUGGGGCUACAGGUGCGCAUGUCCGGCGGCGGCGCGGCGUACGUGUCCCCGGACGUGCGCGAGCUGAGCGUGGGCGCGGCGUGGAGCGGCUCGGCGUCGCCGCCGCACAAGCUGCUGCCCGCCGCGCUGCUCGCGCGCCCCGACGUGCCCUUCGCGCUCUCCACCGACUCCAGCGACAGCGCCAGCGACCGCGACCUCUCGCUCAUGCUCAUGGAGAACGAGCUGUCCGAGAUGAAAGUUGUAAUGGAUACUAACCGCGCAGUGGUGACGCACAUGCCCAUCGUCGAAGAUGGACUGUCGUCGGGACACGCGUCAGAUAACGACAACAACAAUCAGCUCAUACAGACACAUUCAGUAGUAAUAAAGGAGAUAGUUGAGAAUGGGACAAGCACAGACCCUCAUGUGUUGUCUGAUGCUGAUCUACAUUCACUGGAUCCUCUAGUGUGCAGCUCCCCCGCGCCGCGCCGCCACGCGUGGGUCGGAGUGUAG